CAGCUGACCCCUCCCCGGCCCGCCGCCAAGCGGGAACUAGCCCACCGACGCCACCAUGGACUGGAGCACACUGCACACCUUCAUUGGAGGUGUCAACAAGUACUCCACCAGCAUCGGGAAGAUCUGGAUCACUGUCAUCUUCAUCUUCCGCGUGAUGAUCUUGGUCGUGGCAGCUGAGGAAGUGUGGGGGGAUGAGCAAGAGGACUUUGUCUGUAACACGCAGCAGCCAGGGUGUGAGAACGUGUGCUACGACCACUUCUUCCCUGUGUCACAUAUCCGUCUGUGGGCUCUGCAGCUCAUCUUCGUCUCCACCCCGGCCCUGUUGGUGGCCAUGCAUGUGGCCUACAGCCGGCAUGAGAAGGCCAGGAAGUUCAGGAGGGGAGAGAAGAAGGGCGAGUUCAAAGAUAUCGAGGACAUCAAGAGGCAGAAGGUCCGGAUCGAGGGAGCCUUGUGGUGGACCUACACCAGCAGCAUUUUCUUCAGAAUCAUCUUCGAGGCGUCCUUCAUGUAUGUGUUCUACUUCCUGUACAAUGGCUACAACCUACCGAGGGUGUUGAAGUGCAGCGCCAAUCCCUGCCCCAACGUUGUGGACUGCUUCAUCUCGCGGCCCACCGAGAAGACCGUCUUCACCAUCUUCAUGAUCUCGGCCUCGGUGAUCUGCAUGCUGCUGAAUGUGGCGGAACUCUGUUACCUGCUGAUGAAGGUCUGCUUCAGGCAGUCCAAGCGGGCUCAGAACCAGGGGAGCCACCCAGGCCCGCCCACAAAGGAGGCCAAGCAAAACGAGCUGAACGAGCUGAUUGCGGAGGGCGCGUCGAACGCCAUUCCAGGCUUCCCGAGUUAGAGGGGAGCUUUAUUCCUCCGCCCAUCUGGGGCCCUUUCUCCCCUUCCCCUGGCUCUGUGCUCCCCAUGACCUGAACGGGUUAGAAUGGUGCAGGGCCUCAUUUCCAGGAGGAGUUUCUGGCUUUAAAAGUCGCAAACAAAACUCGUAAUACCAUAGGCGAGUCUCUGUAGCCAGCUUAGCCCGGCUCCCGGGGGGGGAGGGGGGUGGUGGGAGAUCCGUGAGCCUGCAGCUCCGGGACAGAGGCCUUGCAGAACGAGAAACUGACCAUCUGGUGCCUUCAAAGGGAUGGGGUCCCUCCCGGUCCGGUGGGGGUGGUCGUGGAUCUCUGGCUCGGACUAGCGACAUCCACAACGAGAGCUGUUUUUAUCGAACUGAUUAUUUUUGAGUACAAACUUGGGUAAAAAGUGGGGUUUUUUAGUACUUGGUCUUCCAUGUGAAGAGUUCUGUAGUGCAAAGCUGAAUCAUUAAAAAGAGCUUCUGUAGUCUUGCCUAAAAAAUAAAAUGGUACUGCAAGUAUCCCAACUUUCAAGUCAGAAAGCCUGUCUGGUGAAUAUUUUAACCUUGAGGGCAGCGUGGCAACUGAAUGUAAAGACCAACACUGACCCCAUAAAAUGUCACAUGCUA